ACGGGCCAGCCGUUGGUCACGUGCUGAAACGUCACUUCCUCACUACGGACACAAACACAAAGAGCUGGCUUCACCGGAUGGUCUCAAACUAUCCGUAGCUACUUGAGUUAACUAAUGUUUUUUCCGUGAAACACAGCUAAUUUCUUGUCUCACAGGCUCACAACACCGGCUGAGAUAUGACACAAUUCCGCGAGUUUUAUUUUCUUAUAACGUUACGUUCAGUACAACCGACCAGGCUGCCUUAAACAAGUGUUUUGUGGUUUAUAACCCUUCACAAGUUUAGCAUUUUAACACGGGGACUUAUAUGGAGAUUGACUCGCUUUUGGAGCCAGCCUCAAGUUCGAGGAACUGCAGUUACCCUGCUUGAGGAACGCACAUGCCCAUGAUGAGUUAAAAGGUUCCAGUUCAGUAAGGUCAAGAGACAAACUCACUCUGAGCUUCAUCAUCAUCAUCAUCGUCUCACUUCCUGGCUCUGCAGUGUAGCCAUUCUGAGCAUCAAUAACAGCAGGUUUCCUUCACACCAUGGCUCAGUGACAUACUUUUACCCACUUAGUAAUUCCUGGGUCAGCCGAGUGCCAUGCCACUACCAAAUGGCUACUCCAUCAACUCAGCCCCUUUGGACAAGAGCGAGGACAGUGAACCCCUCAUCGAGAAUGAUGCGGGUGAUGCAGUCCCUCCCCAGUGCUGCUCGGCUCGCCUCAGCCUGGCCGUCCUGAUGUUCUUCGGCUUCUCUGUGGUUUACGGCCUCCGUGUGAACCUCAGUGUUGCCAUGGUAGCCAUGGUGAAUAACACUGACCCCAAACCAGCCCAGAACAGCUCCGUGUUUCAUGCUUGUCCAUUUCCACCAGGAGCGGAAAACACCAGUGAUACUUUCCAACAACCUGUGGGGAUCCCCCAGUACCCAUGGAACUCGGAGACUCAGGGCUGGUUGCUGGGAGCCUUCUUCUUUGGCUACCUGUGCACACAGAUCCCGGGGGGCUACCUGUCCGGUCACUACGGGGGGAGUAUCUUCCUGGGUUUGGGUGUGCUGGGCACUGCUGUCCUCACCCUGCUCACCCCUCUGGCUGCCCAGCUGGGGUCCUACUGGCUGUUUGCACUACGAGCGUUGGAGGGCUUUGGAGAGGGUGUGACGUUCCCGGCCAUGAUGGCGAUGUGGGCUCGGUGGGCUCCUCCUCUGGAGCGCUCUCGCCUGAUGACCCUGUCGGGAUCUGGGGCCAACUUUGGGGCCUUUUUGGCUCUGCCACUCACCGGCUACAUCUGCCAAACCUUAGGCUGGCCCGCUGUCUUCUACCUCUGUGGGGGUGCUGGUUGCCUCUGGGCAGUCUUUUGGUUUACUUUUGUAUCCGAUGACCCUCGCACCCAUCGUCGAAUCAGCAAAGAGGAGAGAGAUUACAUCAUAAACUCUAUUGGACCUCAGGGUACAGGUCAUGGCUGGUCCGUGCCCGUGUUGCCCAUGCUGCUGUCGGUCCCUCUGUGGGCCAUCAUCGUCACCCAGAUGUGUUCAAACUGGUCCUACUACACCCUGCUCACCUCCCUGCCCACCUACAUGAACAACAUCAUGCACUUUGACCUCCAAUCGAACGGUUUCCUCUCCGCUCUGCCGUACCUCGGUGCCUGGUUGUUAUCGACGCUGUCGGGUGUCGUAGCAGACCUCCUCAUCGAGAGGAAGGUGUUCAGCGUCACCAUCGUACGCAAGCUCUUUACACUCGCCGGUCUGUUGCCAACUGCAGCUUUCCUCGUGGCUGCGAGUUACGCCGGCUGCAGCCACAUUCUCACCGUCACCUUCCUCACCCUCUCCACAACCAUAGGAGGGAUCAGCGCCUCCGGAGUCUUCAUCAACCAAAUAGACAUCGCUCCUCGGUAUGCCGGAUUCCUUCUGGGAAUCACCAACACAUUCGGGACCAUUCCUGGAGUCGUGGCACCUAUUGCUACAGGAUACUUUACUGAGGAUCACACCCUGGCAGGCUGGAGAAAGGUGUUCUGGGUGGCAGCCGGGAUCAACGUCUGCGGCGCUCUCUUCUACACCGUUUUUGGCAGCGGAAAGAUCCAGCCGUGGGCCAUCACAGAGGAGGAGAGAGAAGAAGCUGAGAAAAAGAGGAGCACGUCCAUCUCCACAUAAAACAUAAACAUGCAGACGAAUACAUCCAACAAACACAAAGAAAAGUGGCAGAUGUAGCACAGCUUUAACUCAGUGUACUGCACACAGAAAAAGAGAUUUAGAGGUCUAUUAAUUAAUGCAGUAUCCACACUUAACAAAUAUGAAGAAUGUGAGAGGUUUACCUACAAUUUUAUUAGCAAAGCAUAGCACAACAUUGGACAGGAUAGUUUGAUCAAGAAUCAUUUAAAGUGUUUGCAGAGUUUUUAUAUAAUAAUAUGCACCUAUGUUUCUGUUCUUGGAGAGUUUAUACUCAGGUGAGCGUUUUGAACUAAUUUCUACAAUAAUUCCAGCAAAGAGAUUAAAGAUUAUAGAGCAGCUGUAUACAUCAAAAUCUAAUUUUAGGCAUGCUUUUAAAGUAGGGUAGUGUGAGGUGGCAGGGUGUUAAGAGAAAGCAGAAGGAUGUUCUCACUAUAUCAGAGACAAGUGGACAGAUUUGCACUGAUGUAAAACAAAAACAAAACAAAAAAAAACAUUUCAACCACAUGAUUCAACAUCUGCUGGAUAUUCACUGCCUUUACCAAUCAGGAAAUUGUGAAUACUUGUUCUGUUUACAGUUGUUGAAUGACACAGAAGCAUAGUUUUAAGUUAUAACAGUAAUAUUUACAUUAUAACCAGUGAUAUUUGCACUGUAGCCUAUAAUACAUGGACUAUGCAGCACCUCAGGUCAGACCAACACAAAUCAAUUUGUUUGAUCUCAUUUCAUUUGUUUUAAAGUUUUUUUUUUUCUUGAACUGUGAACAAUAAUGUUUCAUGAACAAACUAGUAGGAUUUUAAAGUGUUAUUACCCACAUAACUUUAGCUGCUUUGUUUACAGCUGUAUCUGUUUUCUGACCACUUGUAGACCAGUAGGACCAAAAGAAGCACUUUUCACAUACACAAAUACACCAAAAGUUGUAUGUUUGAUAACAGUGCCAAGAUUUUGCAAAAUAAUUUUUCCAGGAUGGUUUUAUCCAAUCUUUAGAAAGCUAUGUUUUUUAGUUUCAUCCUGAAAACCAAAGCACCUUCCACUGUCAGGAUUUGAAUAUUUUUAGUAAAAGUGCCAUGAACUGUGACUUACUUUUUGUAAGAAAUAUGUGGAUUUGCGGAGCUUGGAUUGUUUCUGUGAGUUUACUGUCUCAUCAAGAUGCCUGUGUUGUUAAUUUCUUCAACUAUAAUAAUUAUUCUCUUUGUAAAAAAAGGUCUCAUUUUUGUCAAUAUCAAAAAAAAAAGAGAUCUUUUUAAAACGUCCUAUUAGGUCAAAGUGCACUCUCAUUGUAAAGAUGUGAUGUUUUUAAACGGAUGCAAUAAUUUAUUUGCCUUCUCUUUGAUUCAGAAAUGUGUGAUGUUGCACAAAUAUGUUAAAUAUGUUUAUGUAUGACUUCAUAUUUUAUUGUGAAAAGAAUCAAGUUUGUUUGGUUUUUGAGCAAAACUAAAAUCUGUAGCAUCCGA